UUUAAAUGCCGCGCGUAAAUUGUUCAUCAUAAAGAAUACAAAGUGCAAAAAAUGCAAAAAUGUUUAUAUUUUAUUUUAGCUUAUUCGCUAGUAGUUAAAACUUUGCCAUGUACUGUCUAAAGAUGUUAAAAUUAAGAAAGUAUAAGUACACAUUACCUACGUUAUUUCAUAUUCCUGUGGUAUGUUUUAGUUGAUGCCCGCGGGUGCUUCGCAUGAGCCGAUCGGUAAGUUUGCUUGAUCAGUGAUACAAACGUACAGAACCAACGAACGGUGGCGCGAGGGACGGCGUGAGGCGUCGAGCACUCCCGAGUCCCCGUCGGCGGACGGCGUUCAGUGUACGCGCGUCAAACAGCGCGAGUGGUUGUACGGUCAUGCGAGAAGCGGCUGGCAGAAUGGCCGAGCUCGAGUUCGAAGCGCCUCUCGCGCAAAUCGAGGAGGCUGAUGACUGUCUCUCAACUGCUGACUACCCGCAGAAAACCAUAAAUGGCAAUGACAUUCGUCUUAACAAUAUCAAUAAUAUGAAACGUGAAAUGGUCAAAAUGAAAACUGACUCAAACAAAAUAAACGAUAACGAGGAACCUAAACCGGUGAAGUGUAAACAGGACAACAUGCAAAACGGUGAAGGAGACAAUUUCACGGAGACUUUCUCCGGCUCGCUCGAAGAUUUGGUGAACACUUUUGAUGAGAAGAUUACCAAGUGCUUCGGUAACUACGAGGAGAGUGUGGAGAAGCUGGCUCCAGUGCAGGUUCGCACCCAGGAGGAGAUAAUGAAUGAAUGCCAAAUGUGGUGGACAAUCACAGGAAACUUCGGAAACAUUCUUCCGAUUGACUGGACAAAAUCGUUCUCCAGGAAGAUGCAUAUCCCAACCUUGAACCUUAAUGAGAAAAAGAGUUCAAUGACGCCGGAUGACGAGAUCCACAGCUCGGAGGACGAGGCAGUGGCCUCAGACUUAGACAUGCACGCGCUCAUCCUGGGAGGCCUGCACCAGGACCACGAGUGCCCCGUCAAGACUGCUGAUGAGGUGAUUCAAGAGAUAGACGACAUGAUGCAGGACACCCCGUCUUCGGAAGGUGACAUCAUAGAGUACAACGAGGCUCUGGAGAAGGGGAAGGAGGUGCUCAGCGCGCCGCUCUAUGAAGAUAAACUGCGCACAUUCUCGCUAGCUCAACUGAACGAGAUUUUCAUGGAGUUGGAGGUUCUGAUCCGCGAGUUUUCGGAGACCCUGAUCGCGGAGCUGGCGCUGCGUGACGAGUUGGAGUACGAGAAGGAGCUGAAGAACACCUUCAUAUCACUCCUGCUCGCCGUACAGAACAAGAGGCGCCAGUACCACCUGGAGAAGAAGAAGAGGCCUCUACCGCCGCGUUCGCCUAACUUGAAUAGCUCGCAUUCUGAGCCAAAGUAUCUGACUACAGUGAUACCGUUCCACCUGGACAACGGCCCACCAGAUAACCAAUCUCUACAAGUGCUCAUUAAGAUUCUGAAGGCAAUCAACGAGGACAGUCCCACCGUGCCGACGCUGCUAACAGACUAUAUCCUGAAGGUCCUCUGUCCAACAUAAACAUUCGACGACUCUAGCCAAUUGAAUAUAUUCAACACAUCCAACAUUUCAACAUUUCAACAUUUGCACACUUCACUGUCUAACAAUAUUACUUAGGCCAUAUCAUUGUCGACACAGAUAUUUACACUUAGAAUAAAUAGGUGUUGUUAUCGAUUAGAGCUGGGGAAUAAUAACCAAGACAUAAACUAAAGAAUUUAGGUCCAACAACUAUUGUAGAGCAAGCGAGAGAGCGCUCUACGAACUAUCGCUCUAUCUCGCUUUAACAACUGCAAGUCUAACUUUAAGAUAUAGGUGUUGGCUUCAAGUUCUCUCUAUUAUGAAUAUAAUUUAUAUUUGUAAUGGAGAAUAAUAUUCAUGGAUUGGUUAGUAAUUUUUGGCGUAAAGGUGUGUUGAGAUCGAAUUAUCACGUGACCAAACUGGAGACAACAUAUUAUGAACAUAAGGAGCCUGAUCAAAGGCUGGAAUAAAUGUGUUAUAAUACAUUCGAAAUAUAAUUCGGAUUAAGAAUUUAAAAAUUUAACUUUAUUUGAGAUUAAACUAAAAAUGCAGUCGGUAAAAACUUGGACCAUCCAAAAAAAAAAUACGGGGCUUCGUUCUGGUCAGUUGUACUGACUUGCAAAACAAUAUAUAAUUAAUUUAAAUUAUUUUACUGUCACCUUCCAAAUAGCAUUUAUUCCAGCCAUUGAUCAAACCAACCAACUCGAUAAACUCACAAUCGAUAUAUCAAAACACCUUUAUCAGAAUAGAUUAAAUUUAUCAAUAAAAAUAUUAAUAUUAAAUAUUCAUCUCGUAUAUCCGUAAAAAUAAACGAAAAAAAAAUACACAUUUUACACGACAAUUGUCACCCUGUUAUUAUAAUUUGCUGUUAUUUUGAAUUGAUUAUAAUAAGUCCGUUUUAAGAAAAUCCAUUUGACAGGUCGAAAAAUUGACGAAAUAGUGAAGAGCAAAACGAACGAUUCGAAUUCAUCAAAAUUUCAACUAAAAAAGGUUUUUUUGUUACAUUGGUCAAUUUUAUGAGCUGUCAAAAGAUCCUUCCUAAAACGGACAAAGUAUAAUGUACUCUGUUGUUCUGUUGAAUGUCCACGCCAUAGCAAUCUUCUUCACUAAUUCCAAGUGUUAAAUAUAUAUUCAACUCUCUUUAUUUGCAUAAAUGAACUGUGAUAUCAUUAAGAUAGUUUAAUUAACGCUUCCUUUUAAGGUUUUACGUAACUAUUUGUUAUUUUAAUUAUCUCAAACAUUAAAAUAUAUAUAUUUAUUUUAGAUUAUCAUAUUUCAACAAUUGUCAUCGGCAGAAUGUGAAUUCAAAUGUAAAUAUUUUAAAAAAUAUAUUGAAAAGUGGAAUUGUCCUCUCAAAACUUUUAGCUAAAUUUAAGGUAUCUAGGUAACACGAAAGAGGCUUGUAAAUAAUUUAAUAUCAGCUUCUAGGACUCUUAGCUUAACUAUUAUUAUAAUUUAGACCUUAACUCAUUUUUAUUGAACAUCGAAUUUUGUUUCUUAUUAUUUUACUGUUAUACGGUGUUGCCACAAAGUUUUGUUUGUAGACAGCUGUUAUUAAGCUGCUUUUAACAUUCAGCUUGUUCAGUGCUACCAACGACGAUACUAAAUAUUUUUAUCUUAUUGACAAAAUAAGGAAAAGGAGACUAAUUGACUUUCGAAUACGAUACCGCAAUUGCGACUGAAUACUGAACUGAAAUCGGCUCUAAAGGCUAAAAAAUCAACAUUUGUCUACAUAUAAUUAUUGUCAAAAAGAGAAUCCGUCUUAAAACACAGCUCUGUAGCAACACCGAUAGUGUUAAGAUUACUAGCAUUAGAGUGCCCGAAAUAAACCAGCUAAUUAUGUUUAUAGUAAUUCCAUUAAUCAUGAAAAUUAAUUAUACAUAACGUGUUAGAAUUAAGUUGUAUCUCUAGUCUCAACAUUUAGUAGUCAUACAUUUGUUAUUACUUUCCAAGACGGCGGGAGCUCGGAUGUCCUUCAAAGUAUAAUAAUAUUGCAUGAUAAGUAUGUAACUAUUGUUGUAAUUUUAAAAAUACAUUUUAUUGUAUGUAAUUCGGUUUGCAAAAUUAUUUAUGGCGAUCGCUUCUGUCGCACGUUUGAUCUACAUUAGGGAAUCAGCAAUGUUGCGUAAAGUGUUGAAUGAAUGGACUGGACAAGGUACCCAAUGGGCACAGCGCAUUCAAUACAAUAGUCUUCUAUUCUCCUUAAAUAUGACUAUAAAAUAUUUAAAUAAUUUCCUUUCAAUAAAUGUUUACCUAUUGAUGUAAAAUAAUAUACAAUACCUAUUGAAUACUGUCUAAUGAGGCGCAAUAGAUUACUAUAUCAGAUAUUUAAACGAUUAUAAAUAUUAAUAAACGUUAUCUUAAAAAAGAUAUAAUCAAUUAAAUGUUGCCUAUCACUGUCUGGCUUUCAAAUUUGUUGUUUUUGUGAACGCAUUGUAAGUACCUGGUCGAAAUAAAGGAGCUUGAAUGAUGUCA